AUGUCAGCCACACUGGAGCCACAGAUAUCACAUCAUGAUACAAGGAAUGCCCAUGACAUCGCACAUGUUGAAACAAAACAGCCUGAGGCAGCGGCUGCUGCAAUUGAAGAAGACAUAUACCCUUCGUUGAGCCUCAUCCGCAGUUUGCUCUUGACUUCCACUGUUGCAAGCGCAGCAUUUUUAACUGUUCUGUGCGUUCAAUCGGUGGUAAUCAUUCUUCCAUCCAUCAGUGAAGCGCUUGAAAUUCCAUCAAGUCGUCAAGAUCUGGUUGUUUCCCUUUACAAUAUCUCGCUUGCCUGUCUUAUGAUAUUCUGGGGCAGGAUGGCUGAUGUAUAUGGCCACCGAUUGAUCUUCCUCUUCGGGUUUAUUUUAUUCACAAUCUCAGUACUCUGUCUACCAUUUUGUCGCACUGAAAUCCCCUUCUUCGUGCUGCGAAUUUUACAAGGGAUGGGUGGUGCUGCUAUAAUUCCAGCCGGGCUUGGCAUGAUAACCACGACAUACCCCCCAGGAGCAAAGAGAAAAAGAGCUUACUCGAUCGUUAUUGGAGUCGCGUCACUGGGCUCUGUGUCAGGAAACUUGGUUAGUGGAGUGAUCGGCGACUUGUUGGGAUGGAAAUGGGUCUUCUGGAUCCCAGCUAUAUUAUCAGCAUUAGCAACUGGAGCUGCAGCUUUAGCAACAUCGUCAUUCCCACUCAGAAAAGCUCGCUCCGAGGGAGGUGUUGAUUGGCUCGGCGCUCUGUUAAUAUCGAGCAGCCUUCUCCUUUUCUUAGUCGCAUUCUCUGAGGGAAGUGUGGUCGGCUGGGGGACUCCUUGGGUUCCAACGCUUAUUGCUGUUGCAGUUAUUCUUGUUUGUAUUUUCGUCUUCUGGCAGCUUUUCUUGGAGAAAGGACAUGCGCAAGUGCCACUUCUUAAGGUCUCUAUGUUUCGACGCGCCAAGUUUUCAGCACUCUUUUUGCUCAUCGGUCUUGUUUAUGGAUCAUUUAACAGCUAUUUGGUUUUUGCAACUGAGUUGUAA